UUUCCCCGCCGUGGGCGCAGCCGCGGAGGAGUGACGUAUAAAAAGCCGAGAACCCCGCGGACACGAGCCAGUUCAGUCUGUGGAUCUGCAGUGACACGCGCCGCGGUUUUUCCCGCCACAGAGGAGAAUCUUCUAUGGUUGAGAGUGAAGCCGUGAACACGAGUGAAGACGAGUGAAGACGUGAACACGAGUGAAGACGAGUGAAGCCGUGAACACGAGUGAAGCCGUGAACACGAGUGAAGACGAGUGAAGACGUGAACACGAGUGAAGACGAGUGAAGCCGUGAACACGAGUGAAGCCGUGAACACGAGUGAAGCCGUGAACAGGAUGUCCCGGACCGACGAGGUUCACCGCAUCACGGAGAAUGUCUACAAGUCCAUCAUGGAGCAGUUCAAUCCCUGCCUGCGAAACUUCAUCGCCAUGGGCAAAAGCUACGAGAAGGCUCUGACCAGUGUCACGUCCGCUGCAAAGGGCUACUUCGACGCUCUGGUGCGCAUGGGCGAGAUGGCCAAUCACAGCCAAGGCUCUAAGGAUCUCGAAGAGGCAGCAUGGGAAGUUCUCUUUCAGAUGGCUGAGGUUCACAGACAGAUCCAGAUCCAGCUGGAGGAGAUGCUGAAGUCCUUCCACAACGAGCUGCUCACAGAGCUGGAGAAGAAGGUGGAGUUGGACGCUCGUUACCUGAACGCGGCGCUGAAGAAGUACCAGAUGGAGCACAAGAGCAAAGGAGAGAGUCUGGACAAAUGUCAGGCGGAGCUGAAGAAGCUGCGCCGCAAGAGUCAGGGAAGCAAACACUCGAGCAAAUAUGGAGACAAGGAGAUGCAGUACGUGGAGGCCAUCGGUAACACAAUCUGUGAUAAUCCCUGUUCUCCUCAGUACGUGGAGGCCAUCGGUAACACAAUCUGUGAUAAUCCCUGUUCUCCUCAGUACGUGGAGGCCAUCAGUAACACAAUCUGUGAUAAUCCCUGUUCUCCUCAGUAUGUGGAGGCCAUCAGUAACAAACAGAGUGAACUGGACAACUACAUCACAGACGGAUACAAAAACGCUUUGUCUGAGGAGAGAAGGAGGUUCUGUUUCCUGGUGGACAGACAGUGCACCAUGUCCAAGAGCAGCAACACCUACCACAGCAAGGGGAAGGAGCUUCUAUCCCAGAAGAUUCCGAUGUGGCAGCAGGUGUGUGUGGAGCCAAACAAACUUCCAGAACGUUCCAUGUUCCUGACCCAGCCCAUGAGCAGCUCAGUGGGUGUGGCCAUGUCCGAGUCCAAACCUCCAGACUCUGCGUUCAGAACCAGCAGAGGACUGAUGAGUCAGCAGCGGCUGACGGCAGGCGUGGACACGGUCAAUGGCUCAGACGGAGCUCACGCACAAGACGACUACCAGCAGUGGGUGGAGGGGAAAAAAGUCUCACCACAGAUGCAGAGACACGGGGACGUCCACUCCAACACACUUCCUGUACGCAAGGCCCCGCCCACCAAGAGCAAGAGCACGCAGAUGGAGACUCGUACACUGCCUCGCUCCAGCUCCAUGGCCGCAGGCCUGGAGAAGAACGGGGGAAGAACCCGCGUUCAGGCCGUCUUCUCACACACGGCCGGAGACAACGGGACGUUACUGAGCUUCUCUGAGGGCGACACCAUCACGCUGCUGGUCCCCGAGGCUCGCGACGGGUGGCACUACGGAGAGAACGAGAAGAGCAGGAUGCGUGGCUGGUUUCCCUUCUCCUACACGAGGCUGAUCAACGACAGUGACGCUGACUCCAUGAGGCAACUACGAGUUCACAACCUCCACCAUGGGAAGAGCAGCAGCACAGGGAACCUUCUGGAGAGAGAUGACGUGGCUCUUCCUUUUCCUGAUUACGUGGUAAACUCUGGCGUCGCAGUUGCAGCUCUGCACAGUAGACAGCAGCAGCCGUACAGCGCUGCGCUGCCACGGUUCUCACAGCAGGGAGGCGAAGAGUACGAGGCUCGUUUCUCUACAAGUUCCACAGAUGGAAAGUUGAUUUCCACAGUGUGAGGACAGACAGACGGACAGAAUCCUCCUCUCCUCUUCUUUCCUCCUCAUCAUGGCAAUAACAAGAAGAUGCUUGAGUUUAUAUCCUUCCUUCCUUCGUUAAUUUUCCCACUUUUUCAUGAACGCUGCCCAGUUACAAAACUGGACUUUCACCAGAACUGACUGUUGUGUUGUGAUGGACACAUGCCUCUGAGGACACAUACAGUGUCUCUGAGGACACAUACAGUGUCUCUGAGGAUACAUACAGUGUCUCUGAGGAUAGAACAUUUCCUUUAUUUAUCAAACUGGACUUUGAUCUUUCUCAUCAUAAAUCAAUGAAAAUGUAAAAACUUGAAGAUGAUUUUCACAACAACAAUAAUAA